UCCAUAGAGAUGGAUCUAUUCGAUGAUUUGCCUCCUCCUGCGGAUAACGUUGGGAAGAGUCUGUUUGACGAUCUGCCACAGCCUGCAGAAGUGAAGGAGAAAAAGAGAGAGAAAACGAUUGGAGAAUUAGAGAAUGAACGUCAGGAUUAUGAGCGAGAGAAAGAGGUGGAAGUAAACGGGGAAUCCGCUGCGAAGAGGAAAAAAGUGGAAGAGGUACGAUAUCGCCUGGUUGGUGCAGUUGGUGAGAGACGUGGUGAAAGAGAAGAUAUGCAGGACUCUCACCAGAUGAGGGAGAGAUUUACAGAUUCAUUUAUCGACCUAUCGAGCAGCAUAACUCGGAUCGGUUAUUACGGACUAUUUGAUGGACAUGCUGGUUCCAGAGCGUCACGUUUCGCUGCCGAUAAACUGCAUGAACACAUUGUGGCCAAGUUUCCUAAAGGCGAAAUAACAAAUCUAGAUAGAGAAGUUAAGAAGUGUCUAGUGGAUGCAUUCAGGACGACCGACGAUGAGUUUCUUGCUAAAGCCACAGCAGCGAGUCCGACUUGGAAGGAUGGAUGUACGGCUGUUGUGUUGCUGUUGGUGAAUGACACUGUUUAUGUAGUGAACCUUGGUGAUAGCAAAGCUCUCUUGUGCAAAGAGAAUGGCGACGGUACAACGACCGUCAAACGACUAACAAAGGACCACAAUCCUGUGCUGUAUGAAGAGAGAAUGCGCAUUCAGAAAGCCGGAGGGCUAGUGCGAGAUGGCCGAGUUAUGGGCGUCAUCGAAGUUUCACGCUCAAUCGGCGAUGGCCGUUUCAAACACUGCGGGGUCACGUGCGUACCCGAUGUGUCAAAGUUUGAUAUCACAACUAACGACAGGUUUAUUUUGAUAGCGUGCGACGGACUCUUCAAAGCUUUCAGUGCUGAUGCGGCCGUCAAGCGAGUAUGCGAGUUACUAAAGGAUCCGGACCUCAGUCUGCCUUCACACAUGAAAAGCGAGGACUACCAGUCAGAAGAUGAGAGAGCUGCAAGACACGAGGCCGUUUGCCAUAUCCUGGCCGAAGAAGCUGUGAGAAAGUUCAGUGCCGACAAUGUGUCGGUCAUGUUAGUUGACAUACGUGAAAAACAACGCAUAGAAUGA